AUGCGUUACUUCUUACUGUUCAUCACAAGUUUUAUUCUUCUUCAUGUUCAACAAUCCACACAAGACAAAGAUCUGAGGAAGAACAAUGUGACUUUGACAACUCUAAAAAAAGAAUUACAAAGCCAAACAGAAAACAUCAAUAUUAGACUGUCGCCGGGUGGGUUGUCUGUUAAUAAAUAUAUUGCUUGCAGAACAAAACUGAUGGAAGAGCAAACUGGAGUUGAACUGAUGAAAAGUAUGGUGGAAAAUAUUCGGAAUGAAGAGAAUUUCGUUCAACAGAAGUUAUACAUGCACAGAUCAAAUGAACUGGAUAAGCUGAUAUCCAAAGAAUAACUGAACCACCUGGAACUUAUUAUUUCUUCUUAUCACCCAAUGACUUUUCGCAAGAAACAGUGCUGAGUGACAAGUUCUUACCUUGGAAAUAAACACUUUCAUUGACUUUUAUUAUUAUUAUUAUUAAUACUGAUGUUAAUUUCACUGAAACUAUUCCAUUCUUGAUAAAUGAUGCUGUCGUCAUUCACUGUGUAAUAAUUAACAUUUGAAACAUGAAAGUUUGAAUUCAAAAUAAC